GGUUAGGAAAAACAGCAGAAGUUGAGCUGCGGAAACCAAGGCCAGAUGAAGUGUCUCUGGGUUCAGAACUAUCCCUCAAAUGUAUUGUCUCUGGAAAUCCUGAGCCAACCUACCUUUGGUACCACAACAAUUUCAGACUGCUCAAUGUUAAAGAUCGCAAGAAAGUAUCAGGGAACCGGUUUCGGAUCACAGGAGUGACUGCAGAGGAUAAUGGCAUAUACUCAUGUCGGGCGGUGAAUGUCGCCGGAGCAGUGGAUAGCCCAGUCAAAUUCCUCCUAAACGUGAAAGCACCAAACACACCACAUCUAAUAGAGUCCGAGUUUACACGGUCCCUCUUGGUCCUGAAGAAUGAUGUAGCUAGGCUUGAUUGUCCAUUCUCAAAUGCCUCCAGGAUUGAAUGGUUUGAUGACCAUGCCAAGCUCUCCAAUAAUAGCAGACAUACAAUCUUCAACAACGGAUCCCUGUACUUUCCAAGAGUACGUCAGGUGGAUGAAGGCUUUUACCGAUGUGAAGGACUAGGUGACAACCGUGACAUCCCUGCCCAGAGGUUUAUGUCCGAACUCAUAUUAGCUAACCUUGACAAGUUUUCACCAAUGUCAUUUGAGCCGAGGUUGAUACCCAACUUUCCAAUGGUGAUUCCGUCUCAAACACGCUUCAUUGUGAAAGUGUUUCAGCCAAGUGGACAGCCUCAGCCGAUUCUCAGAUGGUAUGAUCGUAACGAUCUACUGAUUGGGGAUUCCGGUCAGAUUCAUGUGGAAGGAGAUGACCUGGUCUUUGAAAACCCGCAGGAAAUGGAUUCUGGAAACUACACAUGCGUUAUAACAAACAUUGCUGGGGAAAAACGUCAGAAUGUUUGGAUCAUUGUGUCGGUACCACCUAUCAUCCGACGCCCACCACAGCCUCAGGAGGUAGAGGAGGACGGCAUGGUGACCUUCAACUGUCAAGUGACAGGUACUCGGCCCCCAGUUACCACAGUGAUCUGGGACAAGGAUGGCGAAUAUGUGAAAUCGGGGUCAAGUCGCCAUCGCAUGGAUCUAUACAGAGGAACGUUGACCAUUACUAAUGUCCAAAUGCAGGACGCUGGAGCAUAUGCUUGUGUGGCAAAUACAACUGGACAGGACCUGGUAUUCUCUGAUAGGGCCUAUCUCCGUGUCAGGAAGAGGCUGAAGUUUGACCCUCUACCAGAAAACACGUACAUAGAACUUCUUGACCAGGAUGCCAGUGUACCAUGUUUUGCUGAAGGAGAUGGACAGGUCCGUAUCAAAUGGUUCAAGGAUGGUCGCAUCAAUAUUGCUCCACAUGUUGCCAAUGUGGAAGGCACACUGCACUUCUACAAAGUACAGCGGUCAGACUCAGGUCUGUACACUUGUCAGGCCUACAACGACAAGCAGGGAGCCAUUGAUGUCACUAUCAACAUUGAUGUUGUUGAACGACCACGAUUUCAAGUUCAGCCAAAAAACAUCACAGUGUUUGAAGGUCAACCAGCCAUGUUACACUGUGUUGCCAGUGGCGACCCACCUCCAAUGAUCAUCUGGGACAAAAAUUACUUCACUGACGACUUUGACAAGUCUCGUGUAAUUAAAUACAACAACGGAACACUGUAUCUCAGUAAAGUUUAUAUUCAAGAUAAAGGAAAAUAUGGCUGUACUGCCAACAACACAGCUGGUUCUAUCCGCAAAGAAGCUUAUUUGAAUGUUGCCACUACCCACGACUACACAAAGAGUGCAGAAGAAGACGAUGAGGAAGGAUUUGAUAUGAUGAAGACGAUCAUCAUAGCUGUUUGUAGUGCUGCUGCUUACCUGGCUCUGGUCAUAGGACUUACAGCCUUCUGCAGCUACAGAAUGCUGAUGCAAAGGAGAAACCGCAAGUCUCUUGUGAAGUCAGAAAAUGGUGAUAUCAGUAGAGAGCAGCAUGAAUUACUGAUGAAGGAUCGCGACAGCGAGUCAAGGACGCCCUUCCGUAGCGAUAGUGACAACAGGUCCCAUGUGUCUGGAAUGUCCUCACAGCCAUCUCACUCAUCCCAGUCCCAGUCCCAAUGUCCCUCACAUGCACGCAGUCGCCGUGGUAGCUACGACAGACUCCAGUUCCCAAGGCAAAACUUACAGACUCUUGGGAUGCUUGGGAAAGGUUCUUUUGGUGACGUAUUUUUGGCGAAGGCACGAGGCAUCCGAGAUAGUGAGCCAGAGACUCUAGUCCUUGUUAAAACACUUCUGAUCAAGGAUGAACAGCUUUACUUCGAAUUUAAACAAGAAAUGGAUAUGUUUGCCAAGCUUGACCAUCCAUACAUCGUUAAGUUGCUUGGUGUUUGUCGAGAAGUAGAACCUCAUUUCAUGAUCACAGAAUAUUGUGAUUGGGGAGACCUGAAGCAGUAUUUACUGGCCACACGUAGCGACAACGGCCUUCGGAUUAAUCGUGUGCCACCUCUCUCUACAGGACAGAAACUCAACAUGUGCCACCAAGUGGCACUAGCCCUUGAGCAUCUGUCCAAUCACAGAUUUGUACACAGAGACGUGGCAUCACGGAAUGUGAUGCUAACAUCAAACCUGAGUUUGAAGCUUUCAAGUAUGUCCAUGUGCAGAGAUGCCUACGCAUCCGAGUAUUACAAUAUACAUCAGAACCUUAUUCCUCUCCGUUGGCUGCCUCCGGAGGCUGCAUUGGAAAACGAUUAUUCCACAAAAAGUGAUGUGUGGUCUUUUGGAGUUUUUGUGUGGGAAGUGUUUCAUCUAGCUGACUUGCCCUAUUUAAGUAUGUCAAAUGAGGAAGUAUUAAAAAGACUGCGAGUGAGAGAUCUCCAACUCGAUGUUUCAUCAGAUCUCUGUCCAAUGGAAAUUUCAGACUUGAUACACAAAUGUUUGAAUGAUUGCCCCCGUGAGAGGCCCCAAUUCAGUGAACUUUGCAUUUACAUUGGUGAUAUCAUAACUGGGGUGCAACCAAGUAUGAACAAGAGCUGAGAGAGGUCAAAGGUCACAUCAACAUACUGCUGUUUCAACAUUUUUGGACUUGGUUCACUGAGAUUUUGUUUCCUUUCAUCAGUACACUAUAUAUCAUACAGAAUCUGUUGCGGGGAUUGGAGAUGUCCUUGCUAAGCAGGAUUGGCAGGUUGUACUAUGUCAUGGAUAGAUAUUAAUAUCUAUCUCGUCUCACUGUGCUUAUGGAUGAGUGGGGCUGUCCAUCUGUCUGUAUUGUGCUUAUGGAUG